CGCGCCGAGCCGAACCGGGCUCUGCCGCCGCCCGGCCGGCUGUUGGUAAGCGGCGGCGGGAGGCAGCGCGCUCGUCCGUCCCCAUGUGGCGGACGCUGGCCCUCGCCUCCGCCUUCUUCCCGGGGCUCUUCAUCCUCUGCAUCCGGGUGCUGCGCUGGGCCGCCCCGGGAUGGAGCCUCAAGGAGCGCAUCCUCCUCAGCGGCAGGCUGGUGUCAACAGUCCAAGCCACGAUGGCAACGGUGUCAGGGAUCACGGUUGUGCUCAGCUGCAAGAACGUGGUGCAUGACAGGCACUGGCUGGCUGUGGAAUACAUCUGGGUCCUGGUCCCCUACAUGACCUACGACAUCUAUGUCAUGUACCUCUGCCACUGGCACAAGAGCCAGGAGAAGGGGAUCCUCGAGAAGAAGCACUCGCUGGCCAGCGUGUGGAGCUUCCUCCUGCAGGAGAGGCUGAUGGUGACCCACCACCUCUUCAUCCUCAUCGUGCUCACCCCCAUCACCCAGCACUUCAGGGGAGAGCUGGGGGACUUCUUUGUGGGCUGCAUCUUCACAGCAGAGCUGAGCACGCCUUUUGUUUCACUGGGCAAAAUCCUCAUGCAGCUCAAAAUGCAGGACACGCUGCUGCACAAGGUGAACGGGAUCGUCAUCCUGGUGACCUUCUUCCUGUGCCGCAUCCUCCUCUUCCCCUUCAUGUACGCGGCCUACGCCCGCCAGGUGGGGAUCCCGCUUUACCUGGUGCCGUUCCGCAUCCCCCUGCACUGCAACAUCGCCAACGCGUCCCUCAUCGCCCCCCAGCUCUACUGGUUCCGCCUGCUCUGCCGCAAGGCCGCCCGGCUCUACGGCGGCUCUCCCGCCCACCGGAGCAGAUAA